UACAAAUCGGAAGUUCUUAACCAGGUUAAAACCAUCUAUUUUCCUACAAAAACUAUCAUGUCACGUUCACCCACAAUGGAGAAUUCAAGAUAGUUGAGCUGAGCAAGGAAAAGAACAUAGAUCAGAAACAUGAUUUGGAAUAGAGGAGAAACCAUCGGAAGAGGAGGGUUUGGCCUGGUUUCUAUAGCCAAUGUACUCCAACAGAAUGGCGAUCGGUUUCCACAAGUUAUCGCUGUCAAAACUGCAAAAGUUUCUGCAUCAGACUCGCUCGUUAGAGAGAAGAAGUUGCUUGAUAUAUUCAAUGGCUGUCCAUCUAUCCUUCACUGUUAUGGGGAUGACGUUACCACGGAAGAAGGCGAUGAACUAUACAACAUACUGCUCGAAUAUGCUGCCGGAGGAUGUCUAGCAGAUCGGACUAUGGGAAAAGGCUUGCCGGAGAACAUUGUGAGACAGCACACAAAAUCCAUGCUUAUCGCCUUGAGUCAUGUUCAUAGGCUUGGGUACGUUCAUUGUGAUGUAAAACCACACAAUGUAUUGCUAGUAUCUGAUUCUUUACCUUCAAGAAAGAAGGGGGUCAGAGAAAUCGCUAAGUUGGCCGACUUCGGGAGUGCAAAGAAGAUCAAAGAUGACGAAGAUAAUAAGGAAUUCAGGGGUACUGUCCUAUAUGCGACUCCGGAGUCCAUUAUCCAUCAAGAAUACCUGCCAGAGUCGGAUAUUUGGGCGUUAGGAUGCACCGUGUUGCAUAUGAUUACAGGAAAAUCACCUUGGAAAGUCGAGAAAGAACACAAGGCAGAGGACGUUUUAUUCAAGAUUGGUUGCAGUGAAGAACUGCCCAAGAUUCCGAGUAAGGCUUCCAAAGACGCCAAGGAUUUUCUGAGUAAAUGCUUAAUCAAGAAUCCGAAGGCGAGAUGGACGGCCGAUAAGCUAUUAUCUCACCCUUUUGUAGGUGCACAGAAGCAUCAUUUUUCCGAGUUAUUUCAUGGUUGUUUGUCGGUACGUCAUUUACACAACCGUGUCCAUGUACGUUGAGUUCAGGAUUAGUUUUGAGAUACUAAACAUCACAGGUUGUAUAGAUUUAGGAAACAAUUGUGUUGUAUAAAAAAAAUUUUGGAUUCUUCGCAAAAGAGAUUUAUCAAAAUUGGAUUAGAAAAAGGAAAAAUGUAUUGCAUUUUGAGUGGAAUACUCUGUAAUCCAAUUCGGUAGCUCAGUUUCUUUAUAACCAUUUAGAAUUCUUUUCCCUUUUUUUCUGGUUUUGUGCGUGUUUGGAAUACAAGUGGGAUUAAAUGGUUA